GGCCGCGCGCCGCAUCUGCGUGCCCACCCCGCCUCCUCCCCUCGCUAUAAAUAGCACCGCCAUGGCCAGCCUCCGCUUAACUAUCUCCAUCUUCUCUCUUCACUCCGAGGAUCGGAGUGAAAGGAGCACUAGCUACUGGCAGUAUGGUGAGUCUGUGUCUGCAGGCGAAGAGGCCUCGGGUGGGGGCGGCGCCACGGGUUGUGGCGAACCAGAUGGGGGCGUUCGAGGUGCUGCCCCAGGAGCUGAUCCUCUCCGUGCUCACCGCCCUGUCGUCGGCCGCGGACAAGCCCGCCGACCUCUUCAACGUCAUGCUUGUGUGCCAGGAGUUCUGCAGGCUGGUGACUAACCCGCAGGUGAUCCGGGCGGCGUCGGCGGCGUGCGUGUCCGUGCUCCCGCGCAGGUGGUGCGCAGCCGCCGACCGUUUCCUCCGCUUCUGCGGCGACAACGGCAACGCGGACGCCAACUUUUUCCUCGGCAUGAUCCAGUUCUACUGCUUGGGGCUCCAGACCCAUGGGUGGUCCCGCAUGCUGAUGGCGGUGCGGUCGGGCCACGCGCACGCCGCCUUCGCCGCGGCCGUCGUCUACUACAACGGCAGCUGCAUCGACCACAACCAGAGGCAGCCGCUGGCGGCCGCGAACCUGUUCGCGCUGGCGGCGUGCCGCGGCCACAUGGGCGCGCUGCGCGACCUGGCCUUCUGCGUCAGCAACGGGCUGGGCGUGCGGCAGGACGCCGAGGCCGGCCGCCGCCUCACCUUCACGGCCAACCUGCGGGAGUUCCGCGCCACGUACCCGACCGCGGCGGAGCAGGCGGUGGCGUACGCCCACGUGGUCGGCAACCCCGGGUGCCUCACCAGCGAGCUCGGCUGCUUCACCACCGUGCCGGCCAGCCUGCGGGGGUGGGCGCACCCGGCCAACCGGUUCCUGUGCGACUGGUUCUCGGCGAACCCGCUGCCGUUCCCGCCGCGGCGCCUGCUGCUCAUGUGCUCCAUGCCCACCUGCGGCCGCCCGGAGACGCGGGGCCUCGAGUACCGCCGCUGCCCCGUCUGCGGCAUCGCGCGCUACUGCUCCCGCUCCUGCCAGUCGCUGCACUGGAGGAUGGGCCACACGCGGGAGUGCGUCCCCACGCACCAGUGGCUCAUGGAAGCCAUUGCCAACCACGCCGUCGUCAAUGCCGACGACGGCGCCAAUGCUGCUGCUAUGCCCGCUGUCAACAAUAAUAGCGCCACUCACCACAACAAUCUCGGUGGUGCUGCUGCUGAUGCUCCUGCUCCUAAGUAGACAUGCGUCGACGAGCCGGCCCGCUAGCUAUUCACCAGCGCUAGCUACUACACCUCUCCUAUCCUAUGUUCUCAGUUAACUUUCUGUCAGACAGUAGUUUUGUUUUCCUUCGUGUAAUCGCCUAGAUAUAUAUAUUUCCAUUUCUAAAAUAUAUACCUGUGAGUUUUCUAUA